GUAAGUACUUAUGACAUAAAGUUAACCUUAAUACAUCAAACAUCGUUGUCUAUGCUAGACAGAAAAUUAAAAAACAAAAAUUAUUAAAUAUUGAUAAAAUGGAUGACGAAACUUUAAAUAGACUUGCAGUUGAAGCAUUAUUGGAAGAAGCAAAACUUGGAGCAAAAAGAGCAGAAAUAAUGGGUCCUAGUGGAUGGAUAAAACCAAAAGAAUGUAUUAAUAAAAGAUUUCUUCAUUCAACAUUACGUAAUGUUGUCCUUUCAAAUAAAUAUCAAUUGAAAAGAAAAACUGAUAAGCAGUUGCGUGUACCUGAGAGUAAAUUAAAAUAAUUAAAAAUAUGAAUUAAUUCUAAUAUUAAUGUAUUAAAGUUUAUGUAAUAUUCUUUUUUUUUUAUUUAAAAUUAAAUAUUCUAAUAUUAUUGAAAUUCAUUUUAUUUAGUAAAGUAUUAGUGAAAUGUAAUUUUUAUUAAAUUGAAUAAAUAAAAAAAUUUAAUAA